UGCUAUGUGAGCCAAAUAGUUUUGUUGUGGUUAAUUUGUUAAUUUUUGGAAAGUAGCCUACAUUAAUUAGAUUUUGGUCUCAAGGGUGUCUCUCUAUGUGUCUGACGUUUGAUUUUCUCUCGAAGGAGGAGCCAAGGAGCAGUGACACGUAAGAAUUCUACAUGAAUUUUGAGAGGAGGGAGUUGAACGCGAUGUGGCCGAAGAAAAGGAAUACUUUCUUAUUGUAACAUAGCCAACCAGAUUUAGACACCUGUAUAGAUGUUUAGAAUCUGAAGAAGAAGAAAUCAGGUUGAAAGUAGGCACAACUGACACUGGUGCCUAGUGUAGGCUACAAUGAGGUUCGCCAAGAUUGUAGGCUAUUUGAAGCCGAUCGGGCCAGUUGUUGUCGGUAUCUCGUUGGGCUUUACGUUAAGUUUGUUAAGCGUGUCCUGGGUUGAUGACAUUUGUGACCCGUCUUGGAAAGAUAAUGCUAUCGAAGAAAUUUCGUCUCAGGAAGGAGAUCUGAAAGCGGCUGGGAAGCCCAAUUCAUUUCUUGAGGUCAAUGAGGAUGACGAAGACGUUCAGCCACGAAUUAUACCUUACAAGCAAGUUAACAAUGAAGGACAAGUUAAAAAGCCUGUUCGGACAAGAUACGCAAGCAUGGAGCUUGGCAUCCGAGAGAACCUCUUUGCGGGUGUCCUUACGUCCAAGAACACCAUAAACACCCUGGGGGUGUCCGUCAAUCGCACCAUCAGCCACCACCUGGACAUGGUGGUGUUCUUCACUGGCAUGACCAACCGCAAGACACCACAGGGCAUGCAGGUGGUCACCCACGGCGACGAGCGUCCCAUGUGGAACAUGUACCAGACCAUCAAGUAUAUCCUGGAGCACUUCAUUGAUGAGUACAACUGGUUCUACCUCACUCAGGACGACACGUACACCCAGGCGGACCGCAUCAAGGCCAUGGUGCCUCACCUGAGCAUGAACCGCAUGCUCUACAUGGGCAGCCCCGAGGAGUUCAUCGGGGGCAAGAUGGAGGGAAGGUACUGCUUCGGGGGGUUCGGCUACCUGCUGUCCCGGGCCCUGCUGCUCCGGCUCCAGGCCUUCCUGGAGAACUGCAGAAACGACAUUCUCAGCGCCAGGCCUGACGAGUGGCUGGGGAGGUGCAUCAUCGAUUACACGGACACCAACUGCGUGGAUGAGCAUGAGGGUCUGCACUACGACCGCUUUGAAAUGGGUAAAAACUCUGACCUCAGCAAAGAGCAGAGCGACCAGUUCAAGAACACCCUCACAGUCCACCCCGUCUCUGACCCCGAGCAGAUGUACAGACUACACAAGCACUUCACCGAGAUGGAGCUGCAAAAAUCCUACGACGAGAUUGAGAAGAUACAGGCCGAAAUAAAGAAUGUGAGCGUGUUGGCCUUUGAGGGCAACAGAAGUGCCAUGUGGCCUGUAGGGGUCAGUCCACCCUUUAAGCCAAAGACUCGUUUUGAGGUCUUGAAGUGGGAGUACUUCACAGAGGACAGCCUCUACUCGUGUCUUGACGGUUCCCCAAAGUGUGAGCUUCAGGGAAUCGACAAGAUGGACGUGGCCGACGCCAUCGACAUGGCCAUGGGGGAGCUGAACAAGAAGUACAUGCCUGUGCUCCACCUGAAGAAGCAGCAGCUCAUCAAUGGCUACAGGCGCUUCGACCCCACCCGGGGUAUGGAGUACACCCUGGACCUGCGGGUGGAGGCGGUCACCCAGAAGGGCAGGAGCCGUUCCAUCACUAAGCGCGUCCACUUGGUUCGGCCCCUCAGCAACCUUGAAAUCAUCCCCAUGCCGUACGUCACCGAAGCUACCAGGAUCCACAUCAUUUUGCCUCUGACUAAGGAAGACACGGGCCUAGUAAAACUGUUCCUGGAAGUGUAUGGCUCGAAUGGUUUACAGAAGAAGGAGAACGCCAUCCUGACCAUCCUCUUCAUCUACGAUCUGUUACAGGCUCAGCAAGUGAGCCAGAAUGACAUUUUUGCCGACGUGAAGGCACAGAUCACCUCGUACGAGCGAAAGUUCACAGGGGUCAAAGUUCCCUGGAUUAGCGUCAAAACGGACACUCCGUCCCAAAUCAAGUUCAUGGACAUCAUCUCCAAGAAGCAUCCGGUUGACACGUUGUUCUUCACUGCUACGGUGAACACCAUUAUCAACACCGAAUUCCUCAACCGCUGCCGCAUGAACUCCAUCAGCAACUGGCAGGUGUUCUUCCCCAUCCACUUCAAGGACUUCAACCCUGACCUCGCCUACCAAGGCCAGGAGCCCCCGGCCAAAAUCGACCUAGUCAAAGACGCUGGCCACUUCGAUCGCAACGCCUUCGACGAGGCCUGCUUCUACAACUCCGACUACAUGACCACCCGGACUCACUUGACCGCCGACCUGCAGGAGAACGAGGAGCUCCUGGAGACCCUGGACUUCUACGAGAUGUUUGUCAAAUACUCUGGCCUGCACGUGUUCCGGGCCAUCGAGCCGGCGCUGCACCAGAAGUACGUCCAGCAGGCGUGCAACCCACACCUCAGCGAGGACAUCUACCACCGCUGCGUCCAGAGCAGCCUGGAGGGGCUGGGCUCGCGUACCCAGCUGGCUUUAGUAUUGUUUGAACAGGAGCAAGGGAACAGUACUUAAUUGCCCCCUCUAAAACACAUGCCAGGGUUGGUUUAUCUUUAUUAACUGUUGGCUCUAGGUGGUCUUGUGCUGGACGUUCCCAAGGAGACUGGUUACACUUUGUCAUUAAUUUCCAUUCACAGCAAACCAAAUGAGCAGCUAGGACGGACUGCUGCAGGUAUCUUUUUUUUUUAAACUUUGACAAGGAAGCUCUGUGGUUAGGUUCUUAUUGUUUUGAUAUUAGACAUUGCUCCACUUAACUUCCACUUUAAGGACAUGGCUCUUACACAAACAGGGUAUAGUUGCUCAGAAUGAAUCAGUAGACACUGCUUAAAUGUUCACUACCAAAGUACAUUGAAAAUGAGUGACUGUCGAGGACAUUUUUGACAUGCUGUAACAUAGAUUUUCACAUUCUGUUUGUCUGAUUUGCAUGAUCGUGACCAUGGAAAGAGAGUUGUUUUUAACGUCAAAUUGAUGCUUUCUAUUUAAAUUAUUUAAAUGCCAUUACUACAAAAGGUCACAAAUAUGGGCCAAAAUUUGAGGAUGGAAACAAGGCACUAUUUGUUUGAUAAUCGUAUCCACAUUUGCCAACACACUCUCAUUUGCCUUAAUUUCUCAUUUCUUGGAAAUUAAUUAAAGGCAUCACAGUUAUCUGUCUAUAAAACAUAAGGUCAACAGUUAUUGAGCAAUUAAUAUCAUGUUACCACCCUCAAAAGAUGGCCUUUCAUGUUUUUGGAAGUAUGAGGAAACUCAAAUGGUUUUUGAACUAGGAAGGUAAAAAGUCUUUAUCUGACUGUAAAUAAUGGAUAGGGAAUAGUGCACUCCGGACAAAGCCUUGUGAACUAUAAAGACACAACCUGAGAUCAGUUGUGCUGAGCAGAUUGGACAGCAUCUGUCAAAGUGUGCCAGUGGUAAGAAAGCUGUAGUUGUCACUGUAAUGUUUCGUCAAAUGUGUCGCUGGAAGAUAACAAAGAUCAACCUCUUCACUGGUUGAAAUCUUGCACUAAGAAUUGUUUUGGUGGGGUUGUAAGUUACUGAAGCUUUCUUCUUUUAUACAUGAAUGUCUUGUAUGUUCGUUUCAUCAGGAUAUUCCUAGAGGUAUUUUUCUGAUACAGAAUUCUACAUCGGAGAGAUCUCCUAGCCCUUCAGUCUUGUAGUUAGAAAACAACACUAAAAUGUCUUAAAUAGGUAUUCACAAAGCUUUCACCAGUACAGUUUGCCAUGUCAUAAUGCUUGCCAUUAGUUGGUCUUCAUAUCAUAGGUCAAUUCACAAAUCCUUUCAUCCUCAGCACUAUGUUAUUUUUUCUGCCUUGUUGAUGUUAUAAGCCCCCUCUUGUACAUUAAUAUGUAGGUGCCUCAUCUGCUGGCGAAGUUGACACAUGAAAGGUGGGCAGUGAGCGUAAUAUUCCCGACAUCAAACAGCCGUCUGAUGGUAACAUAACGUCAUUUUUGUGUAGACUAAUGUAGUUACCUGUGAAGUGCUCGGAUGCUUUUGACAACUGAUUCAGUUCCAAAGCAAAAACAAGGUUGGUAAAACAAUAGUGCAAAUGGAACACUUUCAUAAUUCUAAAUACUGCAUGGAAAAGCAUUUACAACCCAUCAUCGAUCUUGAAAUUAAAGUAUGAAUCAUGUACGGUAUGUGCAGCAUCAACACUUGCAGUUAGGUUAUAGUGAGUGAAUUUGACUAUAGAUCCUGACAUGUCUCAUGACAGCAAUAUAUAAGUAUUCAUAAUUAUAUUAUGAAUAUGCACUUAUGGCAGAGGGAGGGCUAUUUUGAGUUACCAUUAAUUAGGUCAUUACAGGGUCUAACCCAUAUCUUAUGUUAACCUUUAGAGUUAUUGAUAUCCUGGCAAGCAUUAUGACAUUCAACAGUAAACAUGUCACCCCAGGUUAUAUACACACACACACACACACACACACACGCCUCUAUCAUUAUUUACUCUAAAGGUUGAGUGGUUCUUCCAUGAAGUGUAUGUGUACAUUCAUAACACCUCACAGCUAAUGUACGACUUACUGCACUCUGUGUCUCUUGCUGUACUGAUGUGUAUCUGUUCGCCAGUAGAAAUCAGCUGCUGAUUUUCGAUGUUUGUCAUUUUAAACACACAACAUAAAUGAUUCACAUUGGUCAUUCCUAUAUAUAAAAUGUGUGCAAUACUGUAUGUUCUGAUAGUUCACUUUGGGAAGCCAGGGGUAUUCUUUAUUAGGGACUGAGAGGCCUUGUGAUGUACUGUGUAACUGCUGGUCUGUGUGAAAGAAACUAGCUUUUUUUCUGCUACAUUGUUUACUCUUGAGUUUUAUUUAGACGCACACUAAAUUCCUCAGUCAGUUCUCUGCCUUUGUGUAAAUAUAUGAGGAUUUAGUGUCAGUGAUCAUUGUUGGACUUGAAAUGAGAUUUUAUAGAAUUAUAUGGAAACAUGGUUUUGGUGUAACCCUACAACUCAUCGUACACAUAUUUGAUGUGUAUAAUAUCUAUUGUUUUUGUAUCUGUGUGAUUCUCGGUUGUCAGAACCUGUUUGUUUUGUUUACACCUGUACUGUACAAUUGAUUUAGUUUUGUGCUAAACCGAUCUAGUCUGGCAGAAGACAAAAGGCAUCUGUGAACACAUUAGACAAAAUGCAUUCAUAGUUCCCAAAUAAACACACCCUGCAAAAAAAAAAAAAAAAUGUUUUGAUCAUGGCUUGAAGUAUGCAAUAAUGUAUAUUUGUAUACUGUAAGGAACUGUGAAUUUGUAUCUGAAGUACGCUCAAAUAAACAUCAACCUAUGUUCUA